AUGCCUCCUUGUUCUGAAAAAAGCAUAAUUAGUUUGAUCUAUUAUAUUUCUUUAAAAUUAGCAGAUGAAUCGAUACUUUCAGAUAAAACUAUUCAAGUACCUGACCAAAUAGAAGAAACAAUUCAGAAAGAACUUGACGACCUAACAGGCCGAUUAAAAGCAGAAAAGCAAGAUUCCGAGAAGGUUAAAAAUUUCCUUGAACAAUGCAGAGUGCAUGUGAAGAUUCUAAAUUGGAGUUUGGCAAAGCCUAAUUUAGAGAUGCUUUUGAAAGAAUUAAAACCUUUUGAUAUUCAAGAUAUGUUACGACUGAUCAAGAAAACAGAUGAAUCUGCAGAGUUAAUAACGGGACAAGAUAUCAUUCUGUUAUUAGGAGGAACCGGAUCGGGCAAAUCAACUACUAUCCAUUAUAUGGCAGGAUCUAAAAUGGCAGCUACACGUGUGCGUGAAUUAAACCAUAUUGCUCCAGUUGAAGUGACAAAUUUGGCAUUGAAAAAUGUCGUAACAAGUCCGCAUGCUAUGUCUGAAACACGAUACAUUACCUCUGUUCCCGUAAAUUUUAAGGAUAUAGGCAUACAAGAAAAUGGUGGAAUUGUUCUCUGUGAUACUCCGGGAUUUUUGGAUACAGCCGGUCCGGAAGUGGAUAUUGCUAAUGGCAUAGGUCUUGUAAGAGCAAUAAAGAAAUGUAAAAGUGUAAGACCAUUGUUGCUAAUAAGUUAUAAGAGUAUUGGUGACAGAUUAACGGGUUUAAAGGAAUCGGCAUACACAUUAGUAAGAUUAAUUCCUAAUAUCCAAGAUCAUUUUAGUUCGUUUUCGUAUGGAUUCACAAAAUAUCCAGAGAUCGAAAGAGAUAGUAUUCAUGCCUCGUUGAAAGAUAUUUUAGAUACUUUGUCUGAAAGUGAAAAAUCGAAUACUGCCUUUUGUCUUCUAUUAGGAGAGAUGGCAGAACAAACUGAAGACGGUGCAAAUGUAAUAGAUCCAGUUGGAGAUGAAUCACCAAAAGUCCUUGUUAAGAAACUGAAACGACAUUCGAAAACAAAAAUACAGGAUCAAUUACAAAAAGAACACUUGGCUAUUAUUUGUGCUACAAAACGAGCAGAUUAUCCAUUAAUAAAAUACAAGUUGGAUGAGUUGAAAGACUUACAGGAUGUACUUAAACAAGAUUUUAUCGAACAAGUCUAUGAUGACUGUAUUCAACAUGUUAGUCAACAUAUUCAUGAAAGAUAUACAGAAACAGUUUCUCUGUUCAAUCGAUGCCUAGAAAAUCAAAACAUGUUGACUAUAGAUGAUAUUGAACAAUAUCAAGUAUGCAUAAAUCACAUUGCAGCUGCUGAAAGCUUAAGGGAAGUCCAUUUGGGAUCAAAAACGGUACAACGUGGCGCAUUAAUUCAGAAUUUAAUAACGAAAGUUGAUAUUAUACUCAAAGGUUUGCGUGAUGCAGAUAUGGACGAUUCUUCCAUAAAAACUGGUUUCGACAACGUUAAACUUCUUUCCACUUUUCCAGAUGUAGAUUAUAAAUAUAAAGAAAUAUGUCAACAUUUUUUCCAUCGAUUUACUGAAUUAGUUAAAGCGGCUGAGGAGUCGAUAUUGUCAAAUAAGUUUGAUCAAGUGGCACAAAGCAUGACGAAUGCCCAUCUGGUCUUGUCCACCUUGGGAGAACAUUUGAAACGUGCUGAUAUGGAAGAAAUGUAUAAGAAUAUUAUUUCUUCUCUAUUAACUCAUUUAAGAAGCGUAGUUGAAAGAAUCAAUACCUUAUUGAAGACAGGACAACUUGAUGAGUUUCAUAUAAACAAGUUAAAAGAUUGUGUGUCUAUAUUAGAAUCUGCCAUGGAUACAAUUGUUUUACGUGAUCACGUCCGAAUACAAGAUAUUAAGAACAUUUACGAAUCAUCAAUAUCAGCCAUAGUCAAUUAUUUUGAAAAACUUUGUGCCAUGAUAAACAAUUCAACUGACAAAGAGAUAAACAAUUCAACUAACAAAGAGAUAGAUUUUAUGGAAAUGAAAAGAUUUGUAAAUGAAAUGAAUGCUAUCAGGACGAUUUCCGCUUUGGUUUCUAGAACAUCUGAAUCCUAUCAUAGUACUAUAGAAAGAUUGAUAGGAGGUAUGCAGCAAUUAAGAAGAGAUGCUGAACAAUUGUUAAGACAUUUUGACGUGAAAACAGACAGUAUCGACUAUACAAGGCUUUUUCGCUAUUUAGCUGCACUGGAAAAUGCUGAAUGGAUAGAUUCUAUUCGUCCUGGAGUUUAUGCAGAUGUCAUGAGGAAUAUUGUGUAUGACAUUCUUCAAUAUGUGCAAAGCUUACAAGCAAGCAUAACGACUAUGGAUUUAGAUCUUGAACAUUUUAGCAAUAUUGAGAAUGCCAGUAAGCUAGUACGUCAAAUAGAUUAUAUGCAACCUUGUGAAAAAAGUAUUCCUGAAUUUGUUCAGUACAGGCAAAAUGUUCAUUUACGGUUCGAUGAAGCAAUAACUAGUGUGUUUAAUUUUAUCAAGAAAACAUAUAACGUGGAAGAAGAAAGUUUAUAUAAACAGAAAGAAAUAUUGCAAAAAUUUGAAGAAGAUAAGAUGGAGUACGACAAACUACAUCCAGCGCGCUUAUAUUUGAGCAAAAAUGGAUAUCAAAAUGUAGAAGCACUUGAGAAUAAAAUAACUUGUGUUGAGAAUGAACGCAAAUUGCUUAACUUGAAGGAUGACCAAGAAAUAUGUCAAUUAGAAGUUGAUAUGGAAAAGUUACGACAAAUCGCCCUGAAAUGCGCUGAGCUGCCUUCAAAAUCCUCAAGUUCGAAUCCCUUAGUAAAAACACAGUCUGACAAAUAUUUGCAAGAUAAUGGAUAUGAAAAUAUUGACGUUUUACUUAAGUGUAAAAGUGAUAAAGCAACCCAACUCGCCGAACUCCAACAAACUCGUCAUAUAAAGGCAGAGGAAUAUAAAGAAGUUUUAGAAAAAUUAAAUGUAAUUAGAGACGAAUAUUACAAAUUGCACACAAAAGGAGGCACAUCCUCGGAAGGCCAAUCAUUCUUACAUCAGCGCGGUUAUGAAAACAUAGGGAUAUUGGAGAACAAAAUAAAAUGUAAAAAGCAGGAAAUCAAGGAACGUGCAAGCGAUGAUCAAGCAUACGUAUUUAGUAGAUUAGAUGGUAUUACAGCAGAAAAUGCACUUCAAUAUGUGGAAAUCUGUAAGAAAGUUCCAUCAAUCAAAGAAAAAGCACAUACCUCAUCGAGGCUUUUAUCCGAUUUCAUGCAAGGAUAUAGUAGUUUUAUUCAAACAGAAAUGGACCGUUGUUUCAAUCGAGUAACUAGUGCUGAUCAAAGAGAAACGAGUCAGGAACAAAUAUUUAACAAUGCACAACUGCUAACAGAUCGUUUGCAGGAAAUCAUUGAGUUGGAGGAAAACUGUCCCAAUGUAUCUCGAGUUAUUAAAGGAUCGCAGAUUAGACAGAAAUGGAGUCAAAAGUUAUCAGAUAAUUUAACUGAAAUGGAUAUUCAAAUGAAGCAAUAUGCUGGUAAUCAUCAAAAUCAACAGUUAAAAUCCAAACUUGAUAUUGCAAAGUCGUUAAGCCAGUUAGAUAUAUUUUUACCAGGAAAUAAAACAUAUCUUGAUCUAUAUCGUACCUAUCAAGAAAGUUUUUACCAGGAAUUUCGCGAUGUCCAUAAACAAGUAAUGAAAUACAUCGAAAAUCAUGAUUAUGUAAAUGUUGGAAGUGAGAUGUCAAAUCAAGAUGAUGGUCCGAAUAAUCAACGUGCUCUAGAUCAAUUAAAUCGCUCACUUUGUGCUUCAGUGGCAGAUCUUGUUGAAGAAACACAAACUAGAGCAAUCAUGCUUGGCAGUAACAUGGAGACAAAGGCAGUCACAUCCAUUGUUGAUAAUCUUAGAAAAAUUAAAAAUGCCAAAACAUUUGUAUCAAAUUAUCUUGAUCAAACUACUCAGGAAAAGAUCAGUUCAUGUAUUGAAGAAAUUGAAUCAAUUGUAUCUGGUAAAAUAAUGCGUUUCUUAGAUAGCAUAGAAGCGUUAGUAAAAGCUAACAAUUUUUAUGAAGCGGAGACUAGCAUGGAAUACAUUAUUCGAAUUCGUCAACUGAUAGGGACUCAUUUUAUUGCUAAUGAGAGAACAGCGAAAAAUGUAACGGAAAGGACUGAACAAUUACAAAAUAAUCUAAAACAAAUACUUGAUGAUGUGGAAAAGAAAUAUAAGAAUAUGUCUAUUUGCGAUUAUAUUUUUAAUCCACCAAAGGAAAUUUUAGAUAAACUUCAACAAGUUGCUUGUCAUAACUUAAAAUACAAUCAAGCUUUGAGAACAAUCAUAGAUAUCUGUGUAAAUAAAUUUAGAGAAUCGCUAAGGUACGCUAGAGAAGGAAAAAGAAAAGAUAACGUCGAAUCAAACGAUGACCUUGGUACUACUUCAUCCACUACUAUAUUUGUAUCAGCGGUUGAACGAAAUGAAAUUAUUAGAGAUUACGAAGCUGGUUUAUGGUCUUUACCAGAAAAUUUGAAGAAUAUACUUGAAAAAGAAUUGGACAAUUUUAAAAAAGAUAUUGAACAUCAGGAAAAGAAUAACAAAAACGAGUUAGAUGGCAUUAUUCAGACCGACAAUAUAAGCUCGCUUGGUAAGCUUAUGAAAAAAUAUGAAGAACAAGGUAUGCAGAAUCUUGCUUGUUCACUUCGUGAAGAAGUUUUAAAAAAAGUUGAAAUAUGCAAAACAAAAAUAGAUGAUGACUUUGAUGAUAAUACUAAAUUGGCUUUUAAUGAAGCAAAAAAGUUGUAUGAAUACAAUGAAGUACUAGGAAAAACUAUUCCAGAAAUUGAGAGAACGUAUUCACAAGUUUGGCAUCGGCUUGUAAAGACAUUUAAUAAAUUACAUGAAUGUCUCAUGUGUAUUAAGAAUGUAGAAACGCCAGAACUGGUUGAAAAAAGUUUUGAUAUUUUCGUAGCUUACAUAAAUUUUCGAAAUGAGUUUGCUGGAAAAGCACCACUUCCCGAUAAUAUUGACCAAAAAACCAACGAACUGUAUGUUAUAUUAUCGCAGUAUUUCGAAGAAAAUCACAAAAAUUACAGUAAUGGUUUAAGCAAAAUGAAUAUUUCAGAAAUUCAUGAAGCACUAAACGCAGUAAAGAAAUGGAGUUCUCUUCUGAAAAAAAUAAAACAUUUCAGUCAAAGUUAUAGCGGUAACGAUGACACAAUAACAGAUAUGGCAAAAAUUGUUGAACGGGGUAGAAGUUAUCCAGAAAUGGCAAGGGAGGUAUCUUCGGAACUUGUAAAGAUAAAGAAUGAAAUUAUUCAUUUCGAACUUACUACAAAACAAUCAGAUGAGUAUUAUGAGAAGUUAGGGGCUAAACUGGCAGCUGUACAACAAGUACAAGAGCUAAAAGAGCACGUCAAUAAUAACAUUAUCAAUGUAAAUACAAUGGAACAGGAGUGUGUAUCAGCAUUGAAAAACAAGAUUGACCAAGUGGCUCCCACUGCUGUGAGUAUUAUAGAAAGAGAGGAUUUGACAACAGAGGAUUAUGAUCAGUUUAGAUUGUAUUAUGGUAACUUAUCCUCAUUUGGAAAGUACGUGCGUGUACCGAAUGUCGAUACAAAACAAGUAACGGAAAAAAUGGAAGAAAAAGUACGUGGGAAAGUAGCAGCCUUACAAAAAGAAACUACUGAAACGUCUGAUGCAAAUAAGAUUGCCAGCAGCUUGAUUAGUAUGAAGUCUAUUUCGGAUAAUAUACCUAUCUUCAAGGACAAAAUAGAUGGGGACAUAGACAAGGCAUUGCAGAAUUAUAGAACUACGCAAGGUGAAGGACUGCCAUUAGCUCAGUUGGGUACAAUUUUGGAAAAAGAUCCUAGCGGUGUAGGUCUUAUUAUUAUUUCAGAACAUAAAUGUUUUAGAGGCCAUUCAAUAUCUCUGUUCAAUAGAGAUACUCAACAGUAUGAUAUAGAUUAUGUUUUAACGAAUUUAAGGGGCGAUGACAUUGAUCGAGAUGCACUACGUCAAUGCUAUAACGAUGAAUUUAAUCCAACGAAAUCCACCUAUGAGGCAUUAGUUAAAAGGUAUAUUGCACAAAUCGAUCAGAAGAAAACUCGAUCCCAAGAGAUUAAUCUUGGAACAUUAAUUGCAGAUAUAGAACUUCUUGCGGGUCGAGUUAAACAUAAAUCUAAGGACAUUACCUGGGAUGCUUCUGUGAGAGAUAAAAUUCCAAAGUUGAUGGCUCAUAUUUUUGCUUUAUGGACUCUGAAAAAUACACAGUAUUACAAUGAAAUGAAAGGUGCUUCUGACAGAAAUACUUUCCUAUUACAACCUCAUGCUGCUCAAAUCAUCUCGAUCUUACGUAUUCUCGGUAUUGGUUAUAAUGGGCCAGCAAAAGUAAUGGGAUUGAUGAGUAAUUUAGUGCAAAUUGGUACAGGUGAAGGUAAAUCAGUGACCUUGGCUGUUGCAGCUUCUAUUUUAGCCUUGUUAGGCCUUGAUGUUAGUUGUGCAUGUUAUAGUGAAUACUUAAGUAAGCGUGAUUAUCAUGAGUUUUUGCCGAUAUUUAAUACACUGGGUGUAAAUGACUAUAUUCACUAUGGCACUUUUAACAAGUUAUGCGAACGUAUUAUCAAUGAAAAUGGUGAUAUCCGUAAUCGAGUUAUAAACUUGAUUGUUAGUGGUGAUAAUAACCCCAGUUUAAGUAGUCAAGUGUCAAAGUACCGCCCAAAAAUAUUGUUAAUUGACGAAGUUGAUGUUUUUUUCAAUGAAGAUUUCUAUGGCAAUGUUUAUACACCAUUAGCCCAAUUGAAAGAUUCAAGCAUUACGGCAUUAACUGAUCGAAUUUGGAAAGAAAGGGAUGCGAUGGCAACGCUGCAGAAAAUGAAACAGACUCCUGAAUAUGAAUUGUGUUGUGCUAAGUUUAAAGGAUGGGAAUUUCUAAUUGAAGAAUCUGUCAAAGAUAUGUUGGCCGAUCUAAAGACUUUUCAAACACAUGAUUAUCUUGUUAAUGAAGAUAAAAUUGCCUAUAAAGAGCAAGAUGGUAUAUCAUACAAUAUGGUCUAUGGCUAUAAAACACUUUUUGCUUAUUAUCACGAACAUGUGCAAGGAAAAAUAAGUAAAAGUAGUUUGGACGAAUACAUCAGUAUUGGAAUUCAUUGUGGAAGCUUUUCAUAUGCUGAAAUACCAUGCGGUUUUCAUCGCAUUGUUGGAGUUUCAGGAACAUUAGAAACGUUGAGUACUCCAGAAAGGGAUAUUGUACAAAAUAUAUAUCAUAUUCAAAAAAAUACCUAUAUGCCAUCAGUAUUUGGUGUGAAUAAUCGCAAAUUUGGAAAAGAUACAGACAUAUUUAUCGAAGACAUGAAUUUUUACUUUCAGAGAAUUAUGGCUCAAACUACUGCUAUGGUAAAUGCAGAGCGAUCUGUCUUAGUCUUUUUUGGAUCGAAAGAUAAAUUAAAUGAAUUCUAUGAUUCAAAUUGUCUGAGUCCUAAAAAGGAUAAGGUUGAUAUCAUAACUCAAGAAAAAUUAGUGACAGAAAAAGAAAGGCUUAUUAAGCGCUCAACAACAUCAGGACAAAUCACAUUGUUAACCCGAGAAUUUGGACGAGGAACAGAUUUUGUUUGUCGCGAUCAGACAGUAUUAUCCCGAGGUGGUGUUCAUGUGAUUCAAACAUUUCUGUCCAAAGAAUUAUCGGAAGAAACUCAAAUCAUGGGAAGAACAGCAAGACAAGGAAAAGAAGGAUCUUAUUGUAUGAUUAUUCUAGAUAAAGAUUUAGAAGAGUUUCUCAUAACUGAAGCUGAUAUUAUGCGGAUGAAUCAAAGUGGAAUAAAAUAUGAAACAUUAAGUGAGAAACGCAAUCGUUUCUUUAAAGAACAAUAUGCAAACAGCAGUAAGUUUGUUGAAGAAGCGAAAAAGGAACAUGAUAAAGCUCAACAAUUUGUAAAAAGUCUUGAUAAGGGUACGAUACAAUUUGUUAAAACCUUUUUGGGAGAACAAAAUCAAGGAGCAAGCGGUAAUAUUCAUUCACGAACUGUUUGUUUGAUGGAUGCAACAGGUUCAAUGAGUCAUUUGUUACAGAAAUCGAAAAAUACGGUUGGAACUAUGUUCGAACGUGCUUCUAUUAUUUUGAAAGAAAAUGGAAUCCAUACAGAUUGUUUUCAAAUGCAGUUUGCUGUGUAUCGAAAUUACAGUAAUCAAGAAGAUAUGAUCUUGCAAAGUUCUCCUUGGGAGACGAGGUCGGAUAAUUUACGUUCAUUUAUGGACAAAAUUCAAGCUUCGGGAGGUUUGGGAAAUGAGGCCAUUGAAAUUGGUUUAUGGCACGCAAAUAAUGAAUACAACAUCGAAGAGAUUUCUCAGAUAAUUUUAAUAGGAGAUAUGCCUGCAAAUACAAAGCAAGAAGUAGAGCAGAGAAGGCAAAUUUUAGGCGAAGCAUACUGGAAAAACACUAAAUUUAAAGACAAAACCUACUAUCAAGACGAGUUAAAAAAGUUGAAAGACAAAGCGAUUCCGAUUCAUGCAUUCUUUGUAGCCACGGGGGCUGAAAAAAAUUUUCGAGAAAUCGCAACACAAACAGGAGGACGAUGCGAAAAAUUAGAUAUUAAUUCUGAGUCAGGUGCACUAAUGUUAACAGAUUUAGUAACUGAAGAAAUUCUAAGAAAUAUUGGUAGUUCAAAUGGGAAAGGGGAUGCUCUUGUUCAAGCGUAUAGAAGCAAAUUUGGAAAGGGUUACACAUAG